AUGUGCCCCGGAGUGGGCGACGAGCACAAGCAUGCUUGUUGUCAGGAGAUCUCCUUCACUCCACCUCCUGCCCUGGCUCGGCCAGGAGAUGAGGUUUCUGACAAGAUCCCCAUAGGCAUUUAUGCGACUCCCGAGGAGUUCGUGCAGCGAGCUCGUGCUCUUCAACACCCGAUGGUUGCAAGCUUGAGAGCCUCCUUCCUUGAGCAUGUAACACAUUUGACGGAGAAGCUUCGCCCCGAUGAGGAGGCUCUACAUCGCUCUUUCUCUCCUGAGCUUCAGAAGGUUCUUAAAGGAAAACGACUUCUCCUCUUUAAGACCUUGCUGGAAGAGUACCGGUACGACGAUGUUGGGGUCUGGGAGAUGCUUCGGGACGGCCCUUCCUUGACUGGCACUCAGGACCAUCCUCCCUAUGCCGAUCGUAGUUUUCGCCCAGCAACAGUUAGCACCGAACAGCUAGAGCGUGAAUCUUCCUGGAGGCGGAAAUUUGUGACCUCCAAAACUUCUUCACCCCAGGAUGCUGCUACUCUGACUUCUCUUGGUGAAGGUGAGGUUUCGGCUGGAUUCAUUUCGGGACCAUAUCGAACAGCGGCCGAAGUUACUGAGGCUUUGGGAAGGCCCGACUGGAUUGCAACUCCACGCUUUGUUUUGCUUCAGGGCUCCAAGGCCAAGCCCCGGGUUAUCGACGAUUGCAAAUCUUCGGGUCUGAACUCAUCUUUCUCCUCCACGGAGCGCCUUCGUCUGCAAGACCUCGACUAUGUGGUGGCGAUGAUCAAGCUGGCUGGCAAGAUGUCGGGUCGGCACAAAGUUCGUAUGGAUCUUUCCACUGGUGAUGUGCUCUGUGGUGAUCGAGUGCUUCCCUCCGGCUCUGAGUGGCUUGGUCGAUGUGUGGAUCUAGCCAAAGCCUACAAGCAGAUGGCUGUUCCUCGUUCCCAGCGCCACUUGGUGGUGCUCUGCCACCACGAUGAACAAG